AUUGAUGUUGGUAUCAAUGACACAUAACUGAGAUUGUUGGUGAUCCUGUUUUACAAAAACGCAAAACGCUGCCAGGUACAUCCGCAAUUAUAUUUAACCUCAAAGUUUAGCUUGCUUGAGUCCAGUACACGUUUUGUUUAAAUAUCUGCAGAAAACAAAUUUAAUAAAAAUGACUAAACCAAAAUCGAAUAAGAGAAACUUCACUGAUAGAGGUAAGUUUUCGCAAAAACGUAAACAAGAAAAUGGAAAAAGACACCAGAAAUUUAAAAACAACAAAACCAAUAGAGGGGGACCGAAUAUUCAUAAGACUUUUCCAAAAAAACAGUUUCCGCAUGUUAAACCGGAUAUAGAGAAAAAUGAAAUUAAAAAUGAUAUGGAGCAGACUGGCUCAUUUAUACAAAAUUCUGAUAAGAAACCAAAGAAAGACCAAUUUUUUAUCAUCAAACAAAAAGUAAAUUCUUCAGACAACUACGAGAAGGAAAAAGUUAUUAAAGAAUUGGAAAACAAAAUCAAUGCUAUUGAAAGCAGAGGUAAAUUGACUAAUACAGCAACAAGAAAAUUAAGACAAUUAAAGAAAUACAAAAAAUUGGCGGAAGGGGGCCAACUAAAUCCUCCACCAGAAAAAAGUUCAAAUCGUAAAACAAAAACGGAAAAGAGACGGGAAAGGAGAAUAGCAGCAUCAACAAAUAAAGAUAAAGUGGCACCAAACAAAACAGAACUACCAAUAGGGAAGAAAUUACCUGAACCCGAAACUACAGCGGAAAAAUCCGCUGAUGAAGUUGAGGAAGGUGAAGAAGAAUCUUCUGACGUAUCAAAUGAUAGCGAAAACGAAAGUGAAUCUAGUAUUUAAGUGAAUUAUUUAUUCGUUUGGUCUUUAGUCUUAAAAAACGAUCUCCCAUCAGGUAUCGUGUAAAUUGACAAAAUGUUAUUCAAUUUUUAUUAAAUUUAAAAUAUACAGAAUGUAGUGUCAUUUGCAAUAUGGCUGUUUUAAAACAUUAAUUUAUAUUUUACAUUACCACAUUUCUAUAUUCGCUGAGAGAUAGUUUCACAUUCAUAUUUUUGUAAAUGUCUAAAACACCAUUUGCUCACAUGCUCCAUUUCUUUUUUACUUUCGG